ACAAAGAGAAGAGACAAGGCUAAUGCUGCACAUCCAAAGACAAUGGUUACAUUGAAAGGCUACUCCAAAAACACACCAGAACUAAAAAGAUGGCUGUGUGCUCCCAACACAUACCAGAACCAGGGAUACAGGCGUGCUCCCCAUACACACCAGAACCAGGGAUACAGGCGUGCUCCCUACACACACCAGAACCAGGGAUACAGGUGUGCUCCCUACAUACACCAGAACCAGGGAUACAGGUGUGCUCCCUACACACACCAGAACCAGGGAUACAGGCGUGCUCCCCAUACACACACCAGAACCAGGGAUACAGGCGUGCUCUCUACACACACCAUACCAGGGAUACAGGUGUGCUCCCAACACAUACCAGAACCAGGGAUACAGGCGUGCUCCCCAUACACACCAGAACCAGGGAUACAGGCGUGCUCCCUACACACACCAGAACCAGGGAUACAGGUGUGCUCCCUACAUACACCAGAACCAGGGAUACAGGUGUGCUCCCUACACACACCAGAACCAGGGAGACAGGCGUGCUCCCCAUACACACCAGAACCAGGGAUACAGGCGUGCUCCCUACAUACACCAGAACCAGGGAUACAGGUGUGCUCCCUACAUACACCAGAACCAGGGAUACAGGUGUGCUCCCUAUACACACCAGAACCAGGGAUACAGGUGUGCUCCCCAUACACACACCAGAACCAGUGAUACAGGCGUGCUCACCACACACACCAUACCAGGGAUACAGGCGUGCUCCCCAUACACACACCAUACCAGGGAUACAGGUGUGCUCUCUAUACACACACCAGAACCAGGGAUACAGGUGUGCUCUCUACACACACCAGAACCAGGGAUACAGGCGUGCUCCCUACACACACCAGAACCAGGGAUACAGGUGUGCUCCCUACACACACCAGAACCAGGGAGACAGGCGUGCUCCCCAUACACACACCAGAACCAGGGAUACCGGCGUGCUCACCACACACCAGAACCAGGGAUACAGGCGUGCUCCCUACACACACCAGAACCAGGGAUACAGGCGUGCUCCCUACACACACCAGAACCAGGGAUACAGGUGUGCUCCCUACACACACCAGAACCAGGGAUGCAUGAUACACCAAUAUUAGAGUCAGGCAUGUUCCCUACAGACACCAGAACCAUACAGGUGUGUGUUCCUUAUGCACACCAGAACCAGAAAGUAGAGUGAUCCCUCCACACAGUAUAACCAGAGACAGGCACAUUCCUGCACACACAAGAACCAGACACAAGCAUGUUGCCUGCUCUAGAUCCAGAGACAUAAGCAUGCUCCUUACACGCACUGGAACCAAAGAUAGAGGCGUGCUCCCUACACAUCUAAGAACCAGAGACAGGCAUGUUCCCUAUGCACACCAAAACCACAGACCAAUGUGCUCGCUACAUAAAGCAGAACCAGACAGGUGUGUGCUCCCCUACACACCAGAACCAUCUCCAGUCCUGGGAGCUGCCUCACUAGGCUACGAACACACUUUCCUCAUGUGUGACCAUGGGUUUGCAGUCAGAAGCAGAAUACGGCCUGAACAUCUGCAGGCCAGGUGCGCAUGGCAGCCAGGAAAGGGACUUCCCUUCGUGCUGGAAGCGAGUAUACUGGCUCCACUGGGACCGACCCUGGUGCUCUCUUGGCACCUGUCUCCUUGUAGAGCUGCAUUUGUCUUUCAGCCCAACACCUGGGUUUGUUUCCAGGCCUGGA